AUGUCUCAUGAAACAUCACCCCCUCUGCUGCUAUGGAUGGAAGACAUGUGUCUACUGAUGUUUUUGCGAGCACGGAGGAUACUUCUGCAGACUGGAAUAUUGUUUUGUAUCCUGCUCCUGCUUCUCUGGGUGUCUGUGUUUUUAUAUGGCAGCUUCUACUAUUCCUACAUGCCAACUGUUAAAUACUCCAGUCCAGUGCACUACCAGUUUAGCUCCAAUUGUGACGCACCACCUGGAAUCUUGUGCUCGUUCCCAACAGCCAAUGUGUCUCUUCUGAGAAAUAAUCGUGAUCGGGUGCUUAUGUAUGGACAGCCCUAUCGCAUUACUCUGGAGCUCCAUGUCCCGGAGUCCAUGGUUAAUCAGGAUCUUGGGAUGUUCAUGGUCUCUAUGUCAAGUUACACUCGAGGGGGGAAACAGAUUUCUUACACUGCUCGAUCCGCAAUGCUGCACUUCAAAUCUCCUCUGCUGCGGACACUGGAGACUCUGACCACAUUACCUAUGUUGCUGUCUGGUAUGUCUGAACAGAAGCAGUCUGUUGAAGUGGAGCUGUACUCUGAGUAUCGGGAGGAUUCGUAUGUCCCAACCACAGGGGCAGUGAUACAAAUACAGAGCAUCCGUUUACAGAUAUACAGUGCAGAGCUCCGUGUCCAUGCGCACUUUACUGGACUCAGGUACCUCUUGUAUAAUUUCCCAGUCAUGUCUGCUGUGAUUGGCAUUUCCAGCAACUUCAUCUUCAUGAGCAUCUUGGUUUUGCUCAGCUAUCUUCAGUGGGGUUUUGGGAGAUCUCGUGUGAGGGUGAGUGGUGGUACUCAGCUGGUAAAAAGAUGUAGAAAUAAUGUUCUGCAGAAUAUAUGCAAAGUGAUCACAACUGUCAAUUCUGAGAAUGGGGCCUCAUGUGUACAUAAUCUUUUGUGGUACUAA